CUAAGACUACAAGUGGCCCGGCCCAGUAGACUGCUGGGCCUGGUUGUCUGAUCUUUUUCACCAUCCACGCGUUUUGACGGCGAAAGACCCGUAUCUGCUUUUACCUGCUGGAAUCUAACUCCGUUGAACCGAGCGACCAAUCCGGCCUGACCAACCGGCGAGAGACCGCAGGAGCAGGCGAGCAGCAUCAGCCAGGAGAGGGCGGGAUGGGCGACGAGCGCGUGAAGGCGGAGGCGCUGCAGAUCCUGGGCCUCUUCCAGGUGCUACCCCGCCUCGUCGUCUUCGACCUCGACUACACCCUAUGGCCCUUCUACUGCGAGUGCCGCUCCAAGAGGGAGUCGCCGAGCCUUUAUCGGCACGCCAAGGGCAUCGUGUGCGCGCUCAAGGAGAAAGGGGUCGACAUGGCGAUUGCGUCUCGCUCGCCCACUCCGGACAUAGCCACGGCCUUCAUUGGCAAGCUAGAGCUCCAGCCCAUGUUCGUCACACAGGAAAUAUUCUCCAGCUGGACUCACAAGACAGAGCAUUUCCAAAAGAUCCAGAGAAAAACCGGGGUUCCCUACAAGUCCAUGCUCUUCUUUGAUGACGAGGACAGAAAUAUUGAAUCGGCCGGGCUUGUAUGGGUGCAUAUAUAUCAUCAAGCAUGUGACCUUGCAAUUGCUGUUGCUCUUAGUCCAUCGAUUAAAUAUCUGCUAUAAGCUUCGGGAGUUUCUCUUACACUAUUUGGGGGCUCGGCCUGGCUGAAGCUUCUUUGAUAAGCUAGAUUACUGCAGUUUCAUAUUGUAACUUGUAAGCCCCAAGGGCUGCCUUGUACUGUUUUCGAGUUUCUGUUUUAUGUGGGGCUUCUAGUGGGAAGUAUGCUUCAAAGGAAGUCCCAUGAUCUGGCUUCAGGUUUACAUAAGCAUGUAAGCUGAAACUAUGCUGUUUUGUCCUUCCAAGGAAAGGCUUUCAGGGAAUUCCUUCGUUGAAUCUU